ACCCCACUUGCCACUUCCACCUUCAACUGAUCAACAGUGAUCAGUAUUGUUUACUAUUCUGUGUAGAUAUAACAUUGAGAGACUGCGAUAGAGGUAUUAUUGGAAGAGACAAACUGAAAUAAUCGCAACCUAUAAAAAAUGUAUUUAUAAAUUUUCUUCCAGAAUCUUAACACUUCACAUGGGGUCAGUACAAUAUUAGGUAACAAUUUUUGAAAUUUAUUACAGAAUUAUGCACCUAGUAGUUAUUUUGAAUCCAUGCAUAACUAUUUUUUGAAGGAGAUGUUCAUUUUCUCAAGUCAGCAAUAAUGGGAGACCCAAAACAAUUCGGGAGCUGGCAGAAAAUUUCAGAUUUAGGGUCAGGUGCAUUUGGAGUCGUAUCCUUAUGGAAAAAUAAUGAAAAUGAUGAUCUUAUAGCUAUAAAAAAAUGCAAAUUUCAAACACACAUAAAUCUCACUCCAAAACAAAAAGAAAGGUGGCACAAUGAAGUGGACAUAAUGAAAAUCAUAAACCAUCCUAAUGUAAUAAAAUAUAAGAAAAUCCCUCUGGACCUGGAAAGUGCAUUAUUGAAACACAAUCCUACAAAAUUACCUCUUCUUCCUAUGGAAUACUGUCGUAAAGGAAACCUCAGGCAUGUCCUUUGUAAAUCAAAAAAUAUAUCUGGUUUAGAAGAACAAGAUGUACGCUAUAUCUUGGAAGAUAUUUCAAGCGGACUGCAGCAUCUGCACAAUCUUAAAAUUACUCAUAGAGAUAUAAAACCAGAUAAUAUUGUUCUCCAGCAUUGUGAUGAUCGAAUAGGAAAUACAGUUUAUAAAAUCAUUGAUCUUGGUUAUGCUAAAGAAUUGGGCGAUACAGUUGUCAGUUUUGUUGGAACGCUUCACUAUUUGGCCCCCGAAAUUUUUGAUACUAUCAAAUACAAUAGUAGUGUUGAUUAUUGGUCAAUGGGAAUCCUAACAUUUGAAAUAAUAUGUGGAGUAUUGCCAUUUCUGUCACAUCUACCACCAUUUGAAAGGUUUUCAAAAAUUAAAGAGAAAAAGUCCGAAGAUAUAUGCAUAUACUUGAACUAUUCUGGGCAAGUUACUAAUUCUUCAGAAAUCAAGAAGGAACACUUCAUUUCAAAAUGUCUUGAGCAACACCUUGAAAUUUGGUUGAGGCAUGUGUUAACAUUCGAUCCAAGUCAAAGAUCUCAGAAUUUUCCUGGUGACAUUAAAGUAUUCGAUUAUCUGAACUUUAUCUUGAAAAAGAAAAUUAUAAACGUUUUUAUCUUACGCAAGUUGGAAUUUUAUUCCUAUGAAAUAAAUGAAGAAACACUAGUCAGCACUUUGAAAGACUGGAUUUCCAGGGAUAUCAAGAUACCAAAGGAUGAAUUGAUUUUGUUGACCGAGAGAAAUGUUUUUGGUCUUGAUGAUAUGUUGAUGAAAGAUAUCAUGAAAGAUGAAACCAACGUCUAUGUGACUUGCAAAAAUCUUUUAAUGGCUGAUACGAUUACAUACAAUUUUCCAAAACUCAUAAAGGAGGUUAUGAAAUCUGCUUUGAAAUUCAAUAUGGGAUAUAUUAAACAAUUAAAGUCCCAAAUGGUUUACUAUAUUAGUAUGGAAAAUAAAACUGCUCACUUUUUCCGGACUGGUUUUUAUUUGUAUGUGAAUUAUGUAACCCAUUUAGUGGAGGUUGUGAAAAAGAAAGGGGAACUUACUUCAAAGGAAUUUUCCAAACUAGUAACAAGAGUUGAGUGUUAUAAUAGCAUUCGAAAAAAUAAUAUUUGUGAUAUAGAUUUAAGAAAUAACAUGGAAUAUAAAGACUGUUUAGGGUAUUCUCGGAGGCUGGUAGCAAGUUUGGAGAGGACAUUUUCUAAUUUUGAAGGAUUGGAGAAAAAAGUUCGAGUUAUGAUGAAACGACAAAAGGUCCUAGAAGAGUUUUUUCCUGAAGUCUCCAAAAUAAUAAACCUUUAUGAUUUGAAAGACCAGUAUCUAAAAAUUUUAGGGCUGGUGGAGAAAACAGUUGACAGCAACAAUAGGAGCAGUAAUGAUUCCAAUAACAAGCAGUUGAUUUCUAAUAUAACAAGUCUCAUAUCUGAAACAAUCAGAGUGAAAAAUACAUUUUUCAGUAAUAAAAAGUUUAAAGCAUAUUUGAGUAUCAUUGGCAAUUUCUCAAAAUAUAUUGAGAAUUUGUUGAACUGGAUUCGAGAUUUUGACAGUCAUCUUCAAGAAUUAUUAAAAUCAUUUGAACAGACUGAAGUCGUAUAUCGUGAUAUUCUCCUCAAAGCUGCCGAAAAUACUAAAGUUGAGAAAACUUACAAUAUUAGUUUGAUUGAAGAAAUUCGAGACUUGCCCAUACCAUAUUUGAUAAAAGAAAACCAAGAUUUGCGCUUUAAGUUUGAGGACAUCCUCUCCAAGAGCAUUUUGGCCCAUAAAAUGUACGCUGAAUCUGUGAAAACACAAACUUAACAUAAUAUAAUUAUGUUAAAUGAAAUUCAAUUACAAUCUAUUAUAAAUGUUAUUUGUAUAUGAAAUAUAUUUUAUACAAUAAAA